UUGUGACCCUUUUUCCUAGUUGAACCGCUUACAUGAAGCCAAGUUUUGUUUCUACUUCCGGGUUAAAUAAGCGUCGCAGGCGCAAUGACAUUGUACCAAACACUAAAGAAGUCUGGCUGUUGUGUGGUUUCUACUUUGUUAAAACACAUGCUUUGAAGAGCCAAGGAGUGCUUGCCGUGCCGUCAACAUGUCUUCUAGUCUUUCGGGGUUUACAGAGGAGCAGCAGCGCAGAACAACGCAGCAGGUGCCACUGGGAGAAAACUACGUCCUCACAGAGGAGGAGAAGAGGGUAUUGAAAGAGUGCAGCCGUGAGAGCUUCUUCUAUCGAUCGGUGCCCUUUUCCGUGGUCAGCAUGGCAAUCACUCAAGCCCUAGUUGCCAGAGGGACUCUGACUCGGUCUCCGAGGUUCGGAUCUUUACCUAAAGUGGCCUUUGCUGGCUUUUGUGGCUACAUGGCUGGGAAAUUGUCGUACAUGAAAAAGUGCCAGGAAAAGUUCAAGAAGCUGGAGAACUCUCCUCUGGGAGAAAUCCUGAGGCAGAGGGCAGGGAUGCCGCCGCAUUUCCCCGGUGGUCCUCAGUCAGAGCUCAGCGACCCAAACAGUCCGUCGUUUGACUCCAUGUUCCAGCCUCCAGACGCUCCCGGCGCAGCGUCCAGCCAGACCAAGGAUCACGGAUAUGGAUUCAGCUCUGACCCUCCUGGACAGAUGGACAGAGCAGAUGACUUCAGUGCUCCAGUACAGUCGUAUUUGGAGGAAGACGGAGUACCUCAGAAGAAAUCGAUCCUCUAUGAGGACCUGAGGCUCAAAAACCGGGAGAACUACGAGGUGACGCUCACUCAGAAGGCUGACACAAUGCUCAAAGCGCCCACAGAGAAGGUCCCAGAGAGAAGCAAGAAACCGGAGAAGAAGAACAUCUACGGAGACACGUGGGAAGAAUGAGUCCUUCCAUUGGCCGGAUGAUGUGCCUGUGCUCUGACAUCAUCGAUAACAGUGUGAUGUAGGGCUCAAAGCUCUUCCUGUUCUUCUGCGUUUUUGAUUCAGUUCGUGACCAAUGUGACAUUGACGGUGUGAAUUAAACCGAACUGGUCGAUGA